ACGAAGCAGGAAGCAUACAAAUCACCAUGUUUAUUUCCAGCCCUCACAAUCGGAAUCUUGUGUUAUUCGUUUUUGCAUUGUUUAACCUAGUCAGUCCAACGAUUUACUCAUUUUAGUCUCGCUUGAUUGUCAUCUGUAACGUGAUCUAGCUCGUAUAAGAAAUACUGCAGCGAAGAUGCCAGAAAAAGGAAGGCAGCAGCGUAGGGACGAUGCAUAUUAUGGUCAGAAUUACCACAGAGAUCAACACAACAUCAGGGAUCAUUAUGAAAGAUCCAGAGGUCAAGAGGAACGGAGCAGCGGUUACGCUGGUGACAGGCGCCCCAAACUUGACAGGUCCAGAGAAAUGUCAGUGAAUCAGUCUGAAGAGGAUGAUCACAAAGCUCGUCAAGGAUCGGCUCCCUUCAACCUGCGAUACAUCCCAACAUCUAGAGGGCUUUGCCAACUCAUGGAGAUCUUUGUUAAUCUCCUCAUAAUUAUCUGUGCUGGUGUACCAUAUAGCAACAAUGGUGGUUACCGUGACCUUGCCAGUCUGGGAGGGGUCUAUUACUAUCACUUUGGUGGAGCUAACGCCUUUACUGGAGCUGACGCUGAACGGGUGAAGGAGCUGGACCAGUUGUUUCAUCAGCUGAAGAGACCACCCUACAUCUUCACCAUGGCCUGCGCGGGCUGCAUUAUGGUUUAUGCCUGUGUAAUGCUUUGUUUGGGGGUUUUCAGAGUGCCAUACCGCUGGCCUGCAGUGCUGCUUGGUGAGGCUCUAGUGAACUUUCUCAUUGGCUUAGGUUACAUCCCAGCCCUGGCCUUCUAUUUUAUUAAACUGCAAGAGACCUACAGUAAUGCCAUUUGCAAAGAGAGAGAACAGAUGUACAAGAGUAAAGGCCAUAAAGGUUUUGAAUGUCAGUUUCAUGGGGCAGAUAUUGCAGUAGGUCUCUUUGGGGUGCUAGGGGUUUUUGUCUUCAUCUUUGGUACUGUUUUGGCUGUCAGAGCUUUUAGGACUGUGAGGAAACUAAAGAGCCAACGAAGAAAUGAGGAGAACAAUUACUGAAUCUCUGAUCAAACUAAUUACAAUUUUACAUUAAAUACCCAUUUAUAGUUGUAAGCCUUAAACAUUUUCAUUGUUUAUACUUUUAUAAAAUGUUGUAUAGAUUUUGUAUUGAGGUAUAGCAUUUAGAUUUAAUAAAAAGCUUUUAUAUUGUGGUUACUGUUACUGUACAGAUGCAUUGCAUUUUUUAUUACUUUAUUACUUUUAUUAGAAAAUUGUAAUUAAAAUUAAUUGAUUUCCUUUAUGACCACUUUUUUAGUAUUGUAUCUAUUGUCUUAUUAAUUUUCUC